GUGCUCUGUUCGUGUGCUCAACUGCUCAUACGCUUCGUUUAGGUUGAAUUUCAAACUUGAAAGAGUGCAAUUCCAUGUGGAGUAUAAUCGUUGCUUAUGUCGUUGGAGGUUGAUGAGAGAACGGUGAGGUCAGAUUCGAAGAGCGUCGCAUGGUACUGGGUGAUAGAGCAUUUUUCCACCCUCAAACAUAUUGAUGCCUCUAUAUUACGCGAAUUGAUGGAACCGGCGCCUGAGAUACGCGACGAGGAAUUAGGGGCAAAGACCAGGGAAGCGGUGGCCUUGAGAUGUUUAGAGGAAUUGUUUCAUCCUCUUCCAGAUCCUGCAGCUGUUGAUGCUCAAGCUAAUGGGCAUUUCGAUGUCUCUCGAAGUUGUGAGGAGGUCCUCAAGUAUAUUCUUCGACGGGCGGCGAUUUCGGAAUUAAAGUCGGGUGCUCCAGAGUCAUUAAAAAUUCGUGCUAUUCCAUUUAUCAUCCAUAAAAGAGCUAGUAUGGGUCAAACUGCUCUGAGUAAGCUCAAAGAUGAACUUGUACGAGGUACUCUUCCCUUUGCUGCAUCCUUGAGCAAAGGUGGUAGACUUGUGCUUGCAAAUGAGCAUGAUAAAGAUGAUGCUCUUGCACUUACUUGGAGGUGCCCUGGUAAGGCCAAUGCUGAUGCCCAAGUUUCUGAUGUCCAAGAGCGCAUGAUGGAUACGAACCUUGACGAUGUGGAUGGCAAUGCUGAUGCACAAGUUCCCAAGGUCCAAGAGAGCUUGAUGGCUACAGCCCUUGACAAUGUGGAUGGCAAUGCUGAUGCACAAGUUUCCAUGGUUCAAGAAAGCUUGAUUGCUACAGCCCAUGACAAUAUGGAUGGCGAUGCUGAUGUUCAAGUUUCCAAAGUUCAAGAGAUGCACAAUGCUGAUGUGCAAGUUUCUAUUGUUAAAGAGAGCUUGAUUGCUACAACCCAUGGCAACAUGGAUGGUAAUGCUGAUGUUCAAGUUUCUGAAGCUCAAGAGAUCCACAAUGUUGUUGUAGAAGAUUCCACGGUUCAAGAGAGCUUAAUUGCUACAACCCGUGACAAUGUGGAUUGCAUUGCUGAUGUUCAAGUUUCCAAACCUCAAGAGAUUUGCAAUGCUGAUGCACCCGUUUCUGUGGUUCAAGAGUGCUUGAUUGCUACAAUCCAUGACAAUGCUGAUGUUCAAAUUUCCAAAGCUCAAGAGAGCUUGUUUUACACUUCCUUCGAGGAUGCCAAUGGCAACGCUGAUGCUCAAGUGGCUGAAGCUGAAGUAAGCUUGAUUGCUACAACACUUGACAAUGUGGAUGGAGAUGCUAAUGAUCAAGUUUCCAAAGCUUAAGAGAACUUGAUUUGUACUACCCUUGAUGAUGCCAAUGACAACUCUGAUGCCCAAGAGGCUGAAGCUCAAGUAAGCUUGACUGCUGCAAUCCUUGACAAUGUGGAUGGCAAUGUUGAUGCUCAAGUUUCUAAAGCUCAAGAGAGCUUGAUUUAUACUACUCUUGAUGAUGCCAAUGGCAAUGCUGAUUUCUAUGCAGCUGAAGAUCUAGUAAGCUUGAUUCCCACAAUCCUUGAGAAUAUGGAUGGAGCACGAGGAGCUGAUAUGCAUGCUCAAGAGUUCUUUCCGCUAAAGAGGAAGAGUAGUGAUUUUCUUGAUAAAUAUGUGAAUGGACAGGCCCAUGAAAUUGAAAACCAAGGUGAUCUGGAUGGCCGGUAUGAUCACUAUUUAGUUUCAAAGAAGUCCAGGCUGGUUCCCUCUUGCAGUAAUCAGUCUUUAGCACAGACUUUGGUGCCUCUACAUGAUAAUGUUGAUGAAUUUGUACAAGAAAAUAUUUCUCAAAUAGUAGGCUUGGAGGAAAGCCGAUCUUUGGAGAAUGGUCAUGAUGAGAGAGGC